ACAAUUAGAGAACCUAUCACAAUGACCACUACUAGAUGUUCCGCCGUCAGCCAUAUUUGACGUGAAAGGCUUUCCCCAAGUCAGCAGCGCUCAGAAAUGUUUGGAUUCGGUGACACAAGCAGAGCAGGUAAUCAGUAAAAUUCUGCUGGUGAUGAAUCGGUAACCUAUACAAGCAAGGGGAAGGGCCGUGGUAAGAACAGGGGUGCAGAGGGCAAAGCAGAAGACAAGGACAGAGCAGUGGACAACGACAGUGCAGGGAACGAGGGAAUAUAACUUGUGACGCAGAAAGUGUGAAGCAACAAUUUGAAAAUAGGACACGGUUAAAGGAACUUAUAACAGGGAUGUCAACUGAUAAUGUGAGAAAACUGUCUGAAAAUAACUGAAAGAGAGCUAGGAAAUGUGUUUGACUUAUGUAAAAUAAGUACAUCACCAUCACCAUAUAGAUACCAUCCCCCACAAGAACAGACUAGUCAAAGUUGGUAUAGGUGUGGCAAUUGUAGGGAGAUGCCAACAGAAAUUGAGAGGAAAUGCUGUGACAACCUCCCACGGAACUGCAUUUCAUUUCACACCUGAUAGACUGGCUUAGUAGCUUAUUGUGGUUUAAAGACAACAUUCAAAGACUGAUUGGAAUCAACUUCGUUUCUUGGAAACCAGAACUUCUGUUGCUUCUGGUUCAAUCUCUGCAGUGGUUCUGGAUAGCCUUCUUGGAUCAUCCUUUUCAGAGUAAUGGUUUGGGUUCGGCGGGGAGCUAUUCCGGUGCUGUGCGUUAUCUCCCUUGUGUCUUUACUCAACGUCAGAGUCGGCUUCAUCGAGAAUUUUUCGAAGUCAUGUUUCGCGACCGUCCGGGACCCAACCGCCGUGUACACUGAGCGCCAAAAGAGACUACGCGACACCUGUCUGCUGCAGCCCGCGGGACGUCUUCGCAGAAUCCUGUCUCACGACGCCUACAAGCUCUCCUACUGCGCCGUGCCCAAGGCGGGGUGCACGUUCUGGAUCAAUGUCUUCCGCUUCCUACACCGCGAGACGGGCGGAGUCAACGUCAGCAGCCCCUUCGAAAUACCCCGGAUGAUAACCCACUACGGAGCGAGGCAGAAGAUGAAAUACUACGACCUGGAUAGCGCCGGCGACUUCUUGCCCUACACGUUCAGGUUUCUCUUCUGCAGGGACCCGUACACGAGGCUGUGGUCGGCGUACGUGGACAAGCUCUUACUUCCGGACUACUGGAUCAGCGAGGGUCAGCUCAUUGUUGCGCGAAGGAGGAAACACGUCGGCGGUGGUGAAAAACCCUGCGCUAACGAUAUUUCGUUCACAGAAUUUUUGAAAUACGUCACACGGAGCCGAAUCGAGAAUCUCAACGAGCACUGGUCGCCCGUGAGUCACAUGUGUGACCCGUGUCGAUUUCAGCCGGAUGUUAUCGGUACCAUGGAAACGUUCGCCAGAGACAGCCGUUAUGUUUUGGCUCAGCGUGGGUUAGAAUAUUUGAUGGACGGCUACGAUCCUGUGUCACACGUGGAAGACGAGAUGGCUAUGCUAAUUACAUACAACUUUAAUCUGUUGGCACAGAAUUUUGUUGACAAAUGCUCAAAUACGAGGGAUUUAGCUCGCAGAUUGUGGAAAGCGUUUCAGAUAAAUGGAUAUUUACCAGAGGACGCGGAGCUACCCGUUCAGGAAAUGAAUUCUGCAACCGCUACCACGUUUACAGAUUUAGCCAAGAGAACAUACAGACAAAAUCCAAGAUCGUCUUCUCAAAUAAAACGCCAGAGAAUGAAGGCUUUGGCAGACGCUUUUCGAGAGGUGCCGCCAAAGAUUAUGGAGGGAUUAAAAAACAUUUAUGCAACAGACUUCCUAAUGUUCAACUACGAUACAGAUCCAUCGUGGAUGACGUUCAAUAGUUCACAUGGUUGAAAUUUGUUAUAAUUAUUAUUUUUUUGUUAAACAAGGUUGUGUUAUUUAA